AUGCUGCCUUCAGGCUUGAUUUUGCGAUGUACGAGCUGGAGCAGUUGGAGCUUGAGAGCGUUGAGCACCGCCGCCGAAUUGAAGCAGAAGCCCGACAAGGUGAAGCGGAUUGAGCGGCCCAAAGUGUUUGAGCUUGAUGGCCGCAAAUUUGAGACCGAUGAUGCUUGGAAUUUGUCGCCGGCGGUUCGACGUCUUCUCGAUCGACGACUCCUUUCCGAAGAAUCGAAUCCGCUCAAUUUAUUGAAGAGAAGAAUUAUCAAUUAUGUGCAUAGAACGUAUAGGAAGUCGGGCAAUCGUUCGCCAAUCUUCACGAUCUGCGAGAACGAGCCGCGUGUGGUGACCAACUUUCAGAAUUUCGAUUCGCUCCUCACACCCGCCGAUCAUGUGUCAAGACGACCCUCCGACACCUAUUAUGUGAAUGAAUCGCAUUGCCUGCGGGCGCACACAUCGGCCCAUCAGCACUCGCUCAUGCAAUCGGGUCUCGACGCGUUUCUCGUCAUUGGCGACGUUUAUCGUCGUGAUGAGGUCGAUCGAACGCAUUAUCCGUGCUUUCAUCAGGAAUUGAUGGGCAAAAAAAUCGCUGACGGCGAGAACUGCGAGUUAUUCGCGAGUAAUCGCCAACCGCGAACCGCCGACAAACAAGAGGCUCACACGAUCGACGCGACGAAGGCACUCGAGAUUCAGCUCAAGCAGUUUUUGGAGCAACUCUGCGAUGAGCUUUUCGGGAGAAAUUGCGAGAAGCGAUGGGUCGACGCGUAUUUUCCAUUCACUCAUCCCUCGUACGAGCUUGAGGUUUUCUACAACAAUCAAUGGCUCGAGGUGCUCGGCUGCGGUAUAAUGGAGCAGAAGCUUCUCGAAUCGGCUGGUGUUGAGGAGAAAGUCGGUUGGGCGUUCGGCAUUGGUCUCGAGCGAAUUGCGAUGGUCUUGUACGGAAUACCGGACAUUCGCCUAUUCUGGACGAGAGAUUCGGGAUUCGUCUCGCAAUUUGCUGGCAAAUCGCCGGAGGACGCGGUGACUUAUAAGGCGAUCAGCGCCCAUCCGCAAGUCAUUUUCGACGUCUCGUUCUUUUUGCCGGAUCAAGUGGAAUUCAAUGAUAUGACGUCGGAUGUGUAUGACACGAUUCGCACGGUUGGCGGGGAGCUCGUCGAGCAGGUGAAAUUGACUGAUGAGUUUGAGAAUAAAAAGAAGAACAAGAAAAGUCAAACGUAUCGGAUUGUGUACAGAUCGCAUGAGAAGGCGCUGACCAAAGAAGAGGUCAACGUAAUCCAUAAAAGGAUCGAGGCGAGUCUCGCGGAGAACUUCAACGUGACGCUUCGAUGA